AUGAGUGGGCUUACGGAAAAGUUAAUAUCUCCUCAGCAAGCAGCUUAUAUCAAAGGAAGAAACAUACAUGAGCAGGUUUUACUUGCUUCUGAGAUGGUCAAUGAGAUGAAAUUCAAAAGAAGGGGAGGCAAUGUAGGGAUUAAGCUUGAUAUUUCUCAGGCCUAUGAUUUAGUAAGUUGGGAUUUUCUUACUAAAGUUCUUUUAAAAUAUGGUUUUUCUGAAUCUUGGUGUGAGUGGUUAAUCAUUCUUUCAAGGAUUUCUGUGUUAGUUAAUGGAGGCCCAUGUGGAUUUUUUUUUGUAGGGAGAGGCUUGAGACAGGGUGAUCCACUCUCUCCAAUUCUCUUUGUUCUGAUGGAGGAUGUUUUAAGUAGAAACAUUUCAGCUUUGGUGGAAAUAGGUGAGAUGCAACCAAUGGUUAUGAAGAAUGGAAUACAUCCUACUCAUCUGUUUUUUGCAGAUGAUGUAUUCAUAUUCUGUAAUGGAGGUAAGAAGAGUCUUAAGAAUUUGUUUAAACUACUAGAUGAAUAUCAAGCUAUUUCUGGUCAGAUCAUUAACAAAAAUAAAAGCAAGCUAUUUGUGGAUGGUACUUCACAUAUAAGAAGACAAUUGAUUAGUAACAUGUUACACAUGGAAGUAGAAAAAUUCCCUGACAAAUAUUUGGGGGUAUAUCUUGCUCCAGGAAAAGUUACAUCUGCAAUGAUUUGGCAUGUUAUAGUUGAAGUGCUUCAAAGCAAAUUGGCAACAUGGAAAGGUAACUUAAUAUCUUUUCAUGAUAGAUUGGUGCUAGUUAAAUCUGUUUUUUGUAGCUUAUCUAUCUAUAACAUGUUAGUUUAUAGAUGGCCUUCCUCUGUGAUUAAGAUAUGUGAAAAACUUAUAAGGAAUUUCUCGUGGACUGGAGAUGGAGAUAUAAGAAAAUUCAAAACUCUUUCUUGGAAAAAAGAUUGUACCCUUUAUGAGGAAGGUGGUCUAGGUAUUAAAAGACUCAAAGUUGUCAACCAAUCAUUGUUAAUGAAGCUCAUGUGGAGAAUUUUAAAUUCAGAUGAAGAACGAGAACUCUUUUUAUCUGCCAAAUUUCAAAAUAGAUAUGGCCAAUGGACUUCAAAUUGGAGACAAUCCACAAUUUGGAAAGGACUGAAAUGGGCAUGGAAUGCUUUAAAAGAUGAUAUCAGAUGGAAAAUUGGGGAUGGAUCACACAUUUCAGUUUGGUUUGAUAUUUGGUUGGGGGAAAAUCCAUUGAUAAAUGACAUUGGUUAUAUAGAUUAUGUCAAGCAAAAUAUUGGUCUGAAAGUGAAUGCACUUUUUUCUGAAGGUCAGUGGAACAUUCCAGUUGAACUGCAAUCUUGUAUCUCCAAUCAUCUUUUGCCUGCAGUUCAUGGUGGUGGUGAUAUAAGAUUAUGGAAUGCUGAUAAAAAUGGUACCUUCUCAACUCAUUCUGCAGUUGAAAGAAUAAGAUAUCAUGAACUAGUUUUAUCAUGGACAAAAUAUGUUUGGCAGCAUUUUAUUCAUCAUAGUAUUGCCAACAAUGUAUGGAAGUUGCAACAAGAAGUAUAUGUAGAUGAUACUAUUAUGGUGAAUAGGGGUUUUGAAAUAGUUUCAAUAUGCUGCAUUUGCUGUGCAGAUCAAGAUAAUAUGAAUCAUACUCUCUGGGAGUGUGAGUUCAGUGUUGCAGUUUGGGAUUGGUUGAAUAUGGUUUUUGGAUUUUCAAGGCCUCAUUCAUUUGCAGAAGUUUGUCAGGUAGCCAAACAUAAAGGUAAAAUGGUUAAACAGAUGUGGAUGACAGCUGCUUGUGCUACUAUGAAAGAGCUGUGGUUUCAGAGAAUCAUUCAUCAAGUGCAUGAGGGUAGUUACAGAAUGACACAUUGA